AAAAGGGUAGCCAAUCAUGUCAGGGCCUUGGUACUUGAGCAACACAAGCGUCUUCUGUCUCGUCGAUGAAAUCCCAACCCCUAGUGAUCCCAAUGGUCAUUCGAUUUCUUGUACUAUCCGAUUAGCUCUUGACAGAAUGGGCUAUCUUGGUCACAAGAAAAUCUGGGCUUUUACCCCAAAGAAGCAGAGCUCCGCAGCAGCUGAUCCCGAAAUCUUGCACAUAUCAGACUCUGAAGACUGUAGAGUUCGUAAGAUGUUAUUUCACAUUAUUACAUUUGCAUCUUCCUGUGAUGUUGGUGAACAAAAUAAUGUGAUAGUAAUCUCAAAUAAACCCCCAGAAGGCGAGUUUUGCAGGGUUCUUCACACUUUGGAAAUUAGAGGUUUCAAUGUUCUCUUGGUACAGCCUCAUGAUGAGGCACAAGUACUUCGUUCGGCAGACUUGAUAUUUCAGUGUACAACAGCGUUAGAUGGUUCAAGUGGUCCUACUGACUUUGACAAUAUUGACCGUGUUUCUUAUCCGAGCUGGGAAAUUGAUCCUGAUCCUGAUCCUGCCAACCUAGACGACUCAAGCAGUAGUCUCCACUUUUAGAUGAUAUAAAUCUCUAUAUGAUGUGUCAAAAUCUACCGGUUGUUUUUCUCUGUUGUGUAUGAUUACUCUUUGACGUUUCCAUUCUGUAAAACUCUGCUUUGGUACCAAUCAAUUUUCAGUUUUAUCUUUUCCCA